AUGAAAGAGAAGAAUAAUAUCUAUCUCUCUUUCUCCUCCUCCUCUUCUUCUCUCGUUCAUUCACUCUUUCUCUUCCUUCUCUCUCUCUUGUUCUCUCUCUGUCUGUCUGUACCUCUCUAUGCUAUUUUAGCUCUCUUUCUCCUCCUCUCCUUCUUCUCUCGUUCAUUCACUCUUUCUCUUCCUUCUCUCUCUCUCUUGUUCUCUCUCUGUCUGUCUGUACCUCUCUAUGCUAUUUUAGCUCUCUUUCUCUUCCUCUCCUUCUUCUCUCGUUCAUUCACUCUUUCUCUUCCUUCUCUCUCUCUUGUUCUCUCUCUGUCUGUCUGUACCUCUCUAUGCUAUUUUAGCUCUCUUUCUCUUCCUCUCCUUCUUCUCUCGUUCAUUCACUCUUUCUCUACCUUCUCUCUCUUGUUCUCUCUCUGUCUGUCUCUCUCUCUCUUUCUCCUCCUCUCCUUCUUCUCUCGUUCAUUCCUCUUUCUCUUCCUUCUCUCUCUCUUGUUCUCUCUCUGUCUGUCUGUACCUCUCUAUGCUAUUUUAGCUCUCUUUCUCCUCCUCUCCUUCUUCUCUCGUUCAUUCACUCUUUCUCUUCCUUCUCUCUCUCUCUGUUCUCUCUCUCUCUCUUUCUCCUCCUCUCCUUCUUCUCUCGUUCAUUCACUCUUUCUCUUCCUUCUCUCUCUCUUGUUCUCUCUCUGUCUGUCUGUACCUCUCUAUGCUAUUUUAGCUCUCUUUCUCCUCCUCUCCUUCUUCUCUCGUUCAUUCACUCUUUCUCUUCCUUCUCUCUCUCUUGUUCUCUCUCUGUCUACAUCCCUCGAAUGUAAUUUGGGAAUUGUGCCCGGUACUCCAGCAAUUAAUGGAAUUACUACACUCUCAGUUUCUGCCAUUAUUUUUCUGAUGUUACUCUCUGACUCACUCUCUCUCUCUCUCUCCCUCUCCCUCUUCCUCCCCCUCUCUUCCCCCUCUCUCCCUUUCUCCAUCUCUCCCUCCUUCUUCAAUUCCACCUCUCUCUCUCUCUCUCUCUCUCUCUCUCUCUCUCUCUCUCUCUCUCUUAAUUUCUAA